GAGAGGAUCUUGCAUCGUCGGAGCUGCUGAUGGGAGAAGGUCACCAAGCAGCUCAAGCAAGCCCGCGCCAUGAAGCUGCUCCUGUUGCUCCUGCUCUGUGUUCCCUCCAUUAAAUCCCAGACUUUUACUGAUUACGAUGACGAGGAAGAAAGCCCUCAACCUGGGGCUCGAGGCCACCGACCCCUAGACAAAAGGAGAGAAAUGGCCCCCACGCUCAGACCCGUGGCACCUCCCAUCUCUGGAAUCGGGUACCAGCCGCGGCCACCAAAGCGGGAUAAGCAGAGCAGCAAGAAGGAACGUAUUGUCUACCCUGACGCUGGUGGCUGCAAGCAUCCUCUCGAGGAGCUGGGAGUACUCUGUCCAACUGGAUGUGAACUGCAAACUGCACUGGUAAAACAGGAAAAAACUGUGACAUCAGUUAUUCGUGACCUAAAAGACAAAGUGACCAAAUUUUCUGAUACUUCUACAACUUUCUAUCAAUAUGUGAAUAUGAUAGAUGAUAAACUGGUAAAGACACAAAAACAAAGAAAAGACAAUGAUAUUUUACUUUCUGAGUAUAACACAGAAGUGGAAUUGCAUUAUAAUUACAUAAAGGAUAAUCUGGACAAUAACAUCCCAUCAAGCCUCAGGGUCCUUCGUGCAGUCAUGGACUCUUUAUACAAAAAGAUCCAGAAACUGGAAAAUGCCAUUGCAACCCAAACAGACUACUGCCGUUCCCCAUGUGUUGCUUCCUGCAAUAUUCCAGUGGUUACAGGCAAAGAAUGUGAGGAUAUUUACAGAAAGGGAGGUGAAACAUCUGAAAUGUACCUCAUCCAACCAGAUCCUUUUGUCAGACCAUACAGAGUAUACUGUGACAUGGAAACAGAUAAUGGAGGCUGGACUUUGAUUCAGAACCGCCAGGACGGCAGUGUUAAUUUUGGAAGAGUGUGGGAUGAAUAUAAAAGAGGUUUCGGAAAUGUUGCAAGGAGUGGAGGGAAGAACUACUGUGAUACACCAGGUGAAUAUUGGCUUGGAAAUGACAAAAUCAGCCAACUUACCAAGAUAGGGCCCACUAAAGUUUUAAUUGAAAUGGAAGAUUGGAAUGGUGAUAAAGUAUCAGCUCGCUAUGGAGGUUUCACCAUACAUAAUGAAGGAAACAAGUACCAACUUUCAGUUAGUAACUACGGAGGCAAUGCAGGCAAUGCUCUGAUGGAAGGAGCUUCACAGUUGCAUGGAGAAAACAGGACAAUGACAAUUCACAAUGGCAUGUUCUUCAGUACUUACGACAGAGACAAUGAUGGAUGGUUAACUACAGAUUCAAGAAAACAGUGCUCCAAAGAAGAUGGCGGUGGAUGGUGGUACAAUCGUUGCCACGCAGCCAACCCCAAUGGCAGAUACUACUGGGGAGGGUCCUACAGCUGGGACAUGGCAAAACAUGGUACAGACGAUGGUAUUGUGUGGAUGAACUGGAAAGGGUCAUGGUAUUCAAUGAAGAAGAUUAGCAUGAAAAUCAAGCCAUACUUCCCAGAUUAAAUGCUAUAAAAGUGUAAAGAAUCAGGGAUUUUCUUUUCAUAUUUGUACCUGGUUAUAUUUUUCAACGUGUUAUUCAGGCUUGUCUUUACAUAUGAGAACCAAAUGCAUAUGUAGGACCAUAUAGUGACCUAAAAUGAAAAGCAAUGGCAAUGGAAAAUCAAAAUCUGAACUAUGAGAAUAAGCCACAAGUGUAUUUUGUUCCAUUUUUCAUUUCUUCAUAAGACAGGAGUACUGGUUUAAAAGAAGUCUGAUAAAAUAUGUAUAUGUACACUUGUUUCACUCUUUUACAAAGAAGUUCUAUAUCAAAUUUGAAGAGGAAGAGGAUUAUUGUAAAAUAUUUUCUAAAAAA